CCAACCCGGUUAAGUGAAGUGGCUAAGUUUACAAAAGUAUAUGACAGAGUCCCAAUUUAAACACAGGUGCUUUCAAACUCCACUGUGCGUUUCCCGCAAUACACCCCCGUAGCCUUCCCGGUGAUUUGCAAUUCUAGGUCUUCCAAGACUUGAUCAGGCAUGUUACUGUCAUUUUGCUUUGCGUUAGUAAUGGCAUCGGCUUAGAACAGAUGACUUCUGACGUUCCAGCCUCUUUUAAUUCUAAAAUUGCAUCAAACUUCAAGUGAAUAGGCACCGGCAAGUAAGAUAGUUAGUUAUUCGAUCUUCAAAUCCUUCUCCAGUUCCUAGAUUACAAGAAUAAUGAGCCCCAGGGUGCACUCUUCCCCACUCCACCCCCAACCAUUUUUUUUUUUUUGAAACAGUCUUCGCCAUCCCCAUCCAGAAAUGUUAGAAAAAUGAGUCCACUCUCCGCCAGGCCUUAAGUGGGUGGGGAAGAAUCUCUCUCUCCUACUGGCUGCCUUAAAUAUCACUUCGUUAUUUGCACUUUGGAAAUGAGCUAGUGGAUAAAUGAAGCUUCAGGGAGGCUCGUUCCGUCCGGGACCCGUGAUUGGUGGUUCCCAAAGCCAAAGGGCGACCCGCCAGCCACCUGGCUAAACCCGUUUUGGCUCGGCCCCGCCGCCAACCCGAAAGGAUCGAGUUGCUUCUUCCUAAGGCCUGGGAUAGGAAGGGCUCCGGGAACUCCUCGGGGUCGAAGCAGGGCAGGGCUAGGAGGUCUGACCCAGGGAGGCAGCUGGCUGGACCAAAGGCGCUGCGCUAUUGCAUCCGCUCGGCUGCCUGGAGAGGAGGGUGUAGCGCGCGCAUCGGUCCCCAGUUGUAUCAUUUUUCUUGAAGACAUACCAUUGGUCUUUUCUUUACCACCAAGUUCUUUGGAAUUGAGUUAUGUCAACAGCUGCUCUAAUUACUUUAGUUAGAAGCGGAGGGUACCAGGUGAGAAGGAGAGCUCUGUUGACAUCACGCCUGCUGCAGGAUGACAAAAGAGUGACCUCCACCUGUCACAGCUCCACCUCUGAGCGAAGAUCUUCUAGAUUUGAUCCAGACGGCAGUGGGCGUCCGGCUACAUGGGACACUUUUGGGAUCUGGGAUAACCGCAUUGAUGAACCAAUUCUUCUCCCACCAAGCAUUAAGUAUGGAAAGCCAAUUCCCAAAAUUAGCCUGGAAAACGUGGGCUGCUCCUCCCAGAUUGGAAAGCGGAAAGAGAAUGAGGACCGAUUUGACUUUUCGCAGCUGACAGAGGAAGUCUUGUACUUUGCAGUGUAUGAUGGGCACGGUGGAUCUGCAGCUGCUGACUUCUGUCAAACACACAUGAAAAAAUAUAUCAUGGAUUUCCUUACCAAGGACAAGAACUUGGAAACUGUGUUGACCAGUGCUUUCCUAGAAAUAGACAAAGCAUUUACAAGGCAUGCACACUUGUCUGCUGAUGGCACUUUGCUGAUCUCUGGGACUACUGCAACAGUAGCCCUGUUGCGAGAUGGUAUUGAGCUGGUCAUAGCUAGUGUUGGGGACAGCCGUGCUCUCUUAUGCAGAAAAGGAAAGCCCAUAAAGCUGACCACAGACCACACUCCAGAGAGAAAAGAUGAAAAAGAAAGGAUCAAGAAAUGUGGUGGCUUUGUAGCUUGGAACAGUUUGGGACAGCCUCAUGUGAAUGGCAGGCUUGCAAUGACAAGGAGCAUUGGAGAUUUGGAUCUCAAAAACAGUGGUGUGAUAGCAGAACCUGAAACCAAAAGGAUUAAGCUGCAGCAUGCUGAUGAUAGCUUCCUGGUCCUCACUACAGAUGGAAUUAACUUCAUGGUAAAUAGUCAAGAGAUCUGUGACUUUGUCAAUCAGUGCCAUGACCCCAACGAAGCAGCCCAUGUCAUAACUGAACAGGCAAUCCAGUAUGGUACUGAAGAUAAUGGCACCGCAGUAGUAGUGCCUUUUGGUGCCUGGGGAAAAUACAAAAACUCGGAUGUCAGCUUCUCGUUCAGCAGAAGCUUUGCCUCAAGUGGACGCUGGGCUUGAUAGUUUGUGUCAGAUGUUUCUUUGUGAUUGAUGUCUAUUGAGUAUUACAGGAAACUGAACUAGAUGAAAAAAAAAAAAGACUGGUACCAGAAUCAUCUUGUGACUCAAUAAAUUUAUUAUCCAUUUCCAUGUAUUGUUCAAAAGUAUCAUGGUUAUCAUCUGUAAGCUCUAACUCAACUUGUUUGGCAUAACAGUAAGGGUAAUCAGACUUCUGUGAGUCCAUGUGUACAAUGAUAAGAGGAUCUCAUUAAAAACAAAACAAAACAAGAAAGGGUUUGAUCUAA